GAAGGAGCACUGGCAUUUGAGAGUAGAAAGCCAGUAGAGAAAGAGGGGAGGGACAGAAAGAGACUGAGAAGAGGCAAGACCAGGAGGUAGAGAUACCCUUCCCCCUUUAGCUCGGACUGUAGGCUGUCUUUGUGGCCAGUUAACCUGUUAUUUGGCAAGCCAGGCCGUCACUUGGCAGGGAUGGGUGAUCCAGCGACCCUGGUUGAGUCCGUCACAUCUCCUAUUGUCACGGCAAUCCCCGCGGUGAUAGCUGAGGAAAUGCAAGAUGCUAAUAAAGCCCAAUCAGCCAAUAAGAAUGGCAAGAAGGCGGACUGUGGGUCCGGCAGCGGCAGCUUCUUCACCUGGUUCAUUGUCCUGGCCCUGCUGGGUGUCUGGACGUCUGUAGCCGUGGUUUACUUCGACCUGGUCGACUAUCAGGGAGUCGUUGACAAGGCUAAGGGCUUACAAAUUAACCUGUCUGAGGCCUUGCAAGGUAAACUGGUGGCAUACGAUACAGAUGGGGAUGGUGAUUUUGAUGUCGAGGAUGCUAAAGUUCUGCUAGGACUAAAAGAGAAGGCUGUUGUCGUCACUUCCCGUAAAGAAGAAGCCGCUGCCCCAGUGGAGACUCCUGAUGCUGAACCUACACCAGAAGCUGUUUUUGAGCCUGAGCCGGUGCCUGUGGAAGAUGUGAUCGAAGCCGUUGUAGCAGAGGACACUUCUGCACCUCCGCCAGAGCCUGAACCUGAGGUAGCAGAUGAGCCUGAGGCGGAACCAGAGCCCGAACCGGAGCCUGAACCCGAACCAGAGCCCGUGGAGACUCCCGAGGUGAUCGAGGAGGACCCGGAGGUGCUGGAGGAGGAGGAGCCUUCUGUUGUGGAAGAGGAGGCCCCUGUGGAGGAGGUUGUUCCAGUUGAGGAGAUUGAAGAGAUGAUGGCAGACCAGUCUGAAGAGGAGGCAGCCGCUGAAGAGGAAACGGCAACAGAGCAGGCUGAGGAGGAGGAGGAGGCUGCCGACAAAGCCACAGAGGAGUUUGUAGCAGACGUGGAGGCUGCAGUGGAGCAAGACGAGGAGGCUGCCGACGAGACUGGGGAGGAAAUUUUAGCAGAGGUGGAGGCUGCAUUGGAGGCCGCAAUGGAGGAAGUUGAGGAAACCGAGGAGGCUGCUGCUGAAGAGGUGGCAUCAGAUGCUGAGACUGUAGAGGAAGAAGCUGCUCCUACAGAAGAAGCUGUUGAGGAGUUUGCUGAAGAGGAGGCAGCACGUUCAGAGGAACCUGCUGAAGAGGAGGCAGCUCCAGCAGAAGAAUCUGUGGAGGAGGAUGCAGCAACUUCAGAAGAAACUGUUGAGGAGUUACUGCAAGAAGAGGAAGCAACUAUUCCAGAAGAGGAGGCUGCUGAAGAAGAGGAGGCCGCUCCAUCAGAAGAGGCAGCGGAGGAGCCUGUAGAGGCCGCUGAAGAGGAGGCAACUCCAGAAGAAGUUGUAGUGGAGGAGCGAACGGUACCAGUAACGGAGACCGAAGAAGUAGCACACGAAGUAGAGGAUGCAGCAGAAGAAGCAGCAGAGUUUGUUGAGACAGAGGAACAGAUUCAGGAUGAGCCCACAGAAACGUAAAGGCUGCCACGAUCGUCCCGGUGACGGAACAGGGACCCACUGACCUUGCAUCAGCACCAUCUGAGCGUGCUCAGAGUGAUGAUGCACCCCUCCACCUCCAGUGAAACAAUUGAGUUGUUAUGACAACACUCCCCCCUCCCCCCCCAUCUGUUCCCACCUUCCUUUCAAUUUUUCUUUUGGUGUAAACGUGAGAUAAUUGAUAACUUGUUUACUAAUAUGGUACUCCCUGUUUUUACCCUUUUUUUUUUUCUUUUAAUCACCAUUCUUAAAGCACCCAUUUCCAUUUUUGUUCAGGGUGAUUCAGUUCUGUGUGACUGGCCAUGUGAAAGCUGUGUGGGGUGUGUGGUGUGUGGUGUGUGUGUGUGUGUGUGUGGGGGUGUGGGUGUGUGUGUGGGGGGGUGUGGGGAUGUGUGUGUGUGUGGGGUGUGUGUUGUUCUAGCCAGUCUACCGGAGUCUGUCAAAUUAAACCGGUCUUUUAUUUUGAAGUCUCUGUGAUAGUUGCUUCCUGGAGCUGAAUUCUGUUAAGUAAACGGAGACCAAAGUUGAUAGCUGAGCCAUCGUCAGACAGUUUGAAAUAUGUCUGCGUCAGAGGACCCAGGUCACACUGCAGACUUUCUCCAUCUGGGCCUCCCCCCCCCCCCCCCCCCCCCCAAAAAAAAAUCAGCUUGACGGACGUUAUUUCUGCCCCUCUAAGUUCAGCAUGUAGAAGCCCAUCUCCAUUCAGCUUGUCAGUUCUGCUCAGCGUUGUAGAUUCUAUGCAAAGCUGUCGUGAUGUCCGUAACCUACCUCCCCCCCACCCAGCUAAGUUAAUUUACCACUCAGUAUAUGUGUGUCAACUCCAGGUGAGCUUGCGUGUGUGUGUUGUAUGAUGAGCAUGAUCUUGAGCAUGACACAUCUUUUACUCAUCGAUACUUUCUGUGAGCCGUAGAAGUCAUGACACAGUUCCAGGAGUUUGUCGUUUAACUUUUUUUUCUUCUUCUUGUUUGUUCUCUAACUUUACCUCUGAGUGUUUGUGUUCUGUAGAUUCCUUUUCCCAUUUUCAGAUAUGAUUCCUUAGCUCAUCUGACUAGACGAUCUUAAAGCUUAAUAUGAAGUUAGAACUUUAAACUUCAGCUCUUUCAGUUUAAACUGUGAUGUAAAUUAGGACAUCCUGGACGGUGCAAAGCUGUCACACUGUGGUGUAAAGGUUAUUUUUUCAAAUACAUCAGCCACACAUGGAUCUGGCUGUCAGGCUGAUUCCACUUUCUUUAGUGGUAGCUUCAGUGUAAGCGAUCGGUUAUCUCUGGCUCACGGAGGGUUGACUAGAUCAGAUAUCACGUUCCUGCGGAUGUCGGUCAGAACUACUGACUGACAACCAGUUCACUGAUCAAGAUCUUUGGUUUCUUUUAUCAGUGGCGUGUGUUUUAUUCUAAAAGGGAGACUUAGUGACACAUGUCUUUAGUCACUGUUCCCUUUUCCUUUUGAGAAAUCUGAAUUUUUGUGUUUUUUUUUUUUAAAAUCAUUGAUCCAUGGUAGCAGGGCCCCUGUGAGGCCAAACAGCAUCUUACAAACCAUUCCAUCACAUAACUAAAGUUUAAGGAUUAAGAAGGCUUUUUGAGAGAUUUAUGUAUUUUGUUUCAUCCUUUGGAGUCCCUGUUGUAUCACAAGCGAUACGACUUUGACACUAAGGGGGUUUUCACACCUGUAGUUUGUUUUCUCUGGUCCGAAUCAGUUGAGUUUGUAAACUUGGAGCGUUUCCUGUUUUUGGUUCGGUUUCAUUUCAUUUUUAUAGAAACUACCUUCUGUUAGAUCGUGGGAUCAUAUGUGAAUUCAUGAGAUCUCGUGGGUCCUCGUGACUUCAGCUGUCAGUCAUGGCUGCAGCCGUUCUGCAACAAAUCCGGACCUGGUGGGUAUCGAAGGACCGCGGAGCACGGAGCCGACACGCAGCUGGUGGAAAUCCAGUGUCAAAUUUGCCAGAAGUUCGUCAGGGUUUUCCCAGACUACCUGAGUUCUGGUCUAGGGCUACUAUUUCUCACAUCUCCAUUCAUUCAUUAAAACACGUUCUUUCGCUAGCAACUUUACUACGUCUGCUCUGGUCACGGAGACUUCGUUCUGAUCUGGUCUCCAACCUUAGAGCCGGGUAGUUUGACCACUGAGAUGCGAGUGCCGGCGAGCUUGGCUGCAGUCUGUUUCUACAAGAGAAACCUUGCGAGCUCCUACGGGUUGCAUGCUCUGCCGCAUUGCAGAUCGCAAAGCAGCGUUUAUAACCUAACCAAAACCGGUUCACACCGGCCCAGACGAACCGCGCCAAAGAGGGGAAACGCUCCGGGGUCGAUUCAUCCAAACUACACAAGGUUUGAAAACGCCCUACAGUAGUUUUUAGGACAAUGGGUGCAACACUGUGGAUAACUCAUUUCAGUUGUGAUACUGACAAUAUGUAGAUGUGAUGAUUUUAAAUGAAUUACAACACUACUUUUUAGUGGAAGAAGAGAGACCAAGUAAAACUUUUUUUUUUUUUUUUAAUUCUAUCUUUUGGUGUCAUAGUCCCACUUUGUGUUUCUAGUCCUGGCAUAUUGUUACCACCAGAUUUGUUUUUAGGGUGUGCAGUAGUCGUUUUUGUAGGAUGUCUUGUCCACUAGCUGGUCUUUUCUACUCCCCGCACAUUUUGUAAAUCAAUGUGAACUCUAAAACCUUUUUACCAUUGAAGAUUACAAUCUUUACCAAGAGAGAGCUUCUAGAUUUUUAAGAGGAACAUUUUUAAAAAGGACUUGGAGAAAUGAUAAAAAAAAAUGCUUUAAAGGGUUUUUACAAAGCCAUAAGCGGUUUGUGACAGGCAUAUUUUAAGGGACUGUGCUACUUCAGAACACAUUUUUAUUCUCCAAUGAAAACAAUAGGGAAGGGCAAUAACAUAAAACUGCAGAGCAACCCUGUGAAACAGAUCUUCUUCGUUACUGGUCAUUGAUCAGAAGUCGUGGUCACGCGGGACAGCUUUGCUCCCAGACCAUGGAGGUGUCCGUUGGUGGAAACCGUUUUAAUUACUGUGCCGGGGAAACAAAGCUGUUAGUUAAAGACUGGCCAUCUCUUCGCCUCAGUGUUGUCUGCAGAUCUAAUACUGUCCUGUAUAUGCUGAUGAUGACGAUUUAAAUUAUUGUGAAGUAACGAUGGAUUGUGGAGAUUUGAAGAGUCACAGUUUUCUGUAAAUGAUCUGUUGCUGCAAUAAAAGGUUUGGGACAACA